UACCCUCAGCAAGCCACGAACACCUCGGGAUCCCCCUCCGUUUCUUCCCGCAGCCAGCGUGGGCUCUCUCCGCGACGCGGCCGCUCCGCUCCUCCCCGGGUCAGCUGACGGCGGCGGCGGUCCCGUCAUGGCCGCUCGGAGCGGCGCGGCUGAGGCGCUGGUCCUGCUUCUCCUCUGGUUCUCAGCCCUGGAGGGAGCGGCGGGCUCGGAGCCGCCGCUCAAGUGCGAGGAGCUGCGGCUGGGGCAAUAUAUGUGUGAUGAGCCUAAAAUAGACAAUAGCACACAAGAACCAAUGAAUUGCACAAAUCACACGGCAUAUGUUCAAUGUCUGCCAGCACCAAAUAUUACUUGCAAAGAUCACCUUGGCAUAGAGAAAGUCUUUACAGGACAUGAAGUUGGAUUUUACAAGCCUAUUGAGUGUCGCAAUGUAAAUGGAUACUCCUACAAAGUGGCAGUGGCUCUGUCCUUAUUUCUUGGAUGGUUGGGAGCAGAUAGAUUUUAUCUAGGAUAUCCUGCAUUAGGUUUAUUAAAGUUCUGCACUGUAGGGUUUUGUGGAAUUGGGAGCCUAAUUGAUUUCAUACUUAUUUCAAUGCAGAUCGUUGGCCCUUCCGACGGCUCCAGUUACAUCAUCGAUUAUUACGGGGCCAGGCUGACCCGCCUCAGCAUCACCAAUGCAACCUUCAGGAAAAUGCAGACCUAUCCCUAAUAUCCCUAACUCUGCCAGGGAGUGGCACAGAUCCAUAGGUGCAGCUUGUUUUUACAGCUGGAUCCAGUGGUCCGCUGGAAUUGCUGAGGAUUUGCUGAUCGCCCCUCGUCAGAGCGGAACGUUAAAUGCGCGGUGAACAAAGAAGAUAAAAUGUGAAAGUUCCUCACGUGGACAAGUUUACCUCAGAGGUGGAACUUUGGGACUGCUCUGUUUCUGGGAGCAGAGGGUUUGUUGCUGAGUUACAUCAUCUGUGAAACGUGCAGACUGUUGCAAUUUGCACUGAUGUUGUGUCUGUGUCAUUUACAGUGUUACAGAGAGAUGCUCAUAAUAAAUACGCAGAUAUUUAUUCCACUGAAAUCAAUAAGAGUUUUAGCAUGGAUGGGCCAGGAUUGCACUUGGGGGUCUGUCCAUGUGGCAGUUUGGAAAUUAACUUUAAACUGCCUUUUUUUUUCCAUCCUGUUAAAACCCAAAGAGCCCUAAAUCUUAGGCUGGUGUACCCUGUACAAUUCUGUUAAUUGAAACAAUUAUUUAUUUAGAUUUUGGCCAAGUUGCAAUAUUUGGUCAAGUGCUGAUCAAUAGUAGAAAUAUGGAUGUGUGAAAAAUAGAACUAUAGAUGACAUAUCACAAAAAAAGGAGGGUGGAUGUUGGGGUGCCCUGAGGUUAGAAAAACAAGUAAUUGUUCUGCUUAUUUUGAUUUUUUUUCCUUUCCUAUCUUGCAACCACCCAUAGUGAAAUAAAUACCUUUUUUCUCCUGAAAAUAAAUUGAUGUGUGUGUUUUACAGCUAGAGAGUGUCAAAAGAGUGAAUUCUUUGUACUAUUAAAGCCCUUAAAAGGCUCUUA